CGAAAUCUGAGUUAAAAAAUAACGAAAUUAUAAAAAAUAAUUAAAAUUAAUAUCUGAUCCAAAUAUUGAGGUGACAAAAAAUAAAAUAGAACAUAAUGAUUUAGAAAUUAAUGGAAUAUUUUAUUCAGUCAUCCCUACAAUCUAGAGUUAAUUUAUAAAUCUGAGAGUUUUGGCCAAAAAAAAUGAAAAUAAAAAUAUGAGAAGUCAAUAAUUAAAUACCUUGUAAUUAGAAAAAAUACAGGCUGAUCUUCUUCAUAGCCCACGAGGAUUCUAGAAUUAUUCCGCUUUCCCAUUCUCGCCAGGCGUAGAAAAACUAAGACCCCACUAAACCCCUUAAACCACUUUUGCUAAUUGCUGGCUGGGAAACAUGUGUUCGCCAUCGCCGGAGAUAAUCACUUCCACAACAUCCGUUCUCUCUGUUGCCGCCUCCCUUGCCGCUUCCGCGGUUCUCCUCCGUUCCACCGCGAACGAUCUCAUUCCGGAUGGGAUCUAUCACAGCUUUCGGAAGCUAUUGGACCGACUCUCGUUUCAGUUAACCGUCGUCGUUGAAGAAUUCGACGGUCUCGCUGCCAACCAAAUGUUUGAGUCUGCCAACACAUACUUAGGCACCAAGCUAACACCCUCCUCCCAAAAAAUCAAGGUUCACAAGCCUGUGAAGGAAGACCAUUUAACCGUGUCCAUGGACAGGAACCAGGAAUUCUACGAUUCAUACGACGGCGUGACAUUCAAAUGGAUUCUGAUCUCUACGCGCAACGACAAUCCUGUCUCAAACAUCAAGCGUGGGCGCGAUCACUCUGCAAUUGAUCGAUCUGAAAUUCGUCAAUUUGAACUCUCUUUUCAUAAGAAGCACAGGGACAUGGUUCUGAGCUCUUACUUACCAUACAUUCUGCGAAAGGCAAAAGCGAUUAGGGAAGAGAAGAAGACGUUGAAGCUCCAUACCAUUGAUUACAAUGGCACCGACUACUGGAAUUCCAUCAGUCUCAAUCACCCAGCCACAUUUGAUUCCAUCGCCAUGGAACCUGAGAUGAAAAAGGAACUGUUAGAAGAUCUUCAUUUAUUCAUUGGGAGGAAAGAGUAUUACAGAAGAGUAGGGAAGGCUUGGAAGCGCGGGUACUUACUGUAUGGGCCCCCAGGUACAGGAAAGUCGAGCUUGAUUGCCGCCAUGGCCAAUCAUCUCAAAUUUGAUAUUUAUGACUUGGAUUUGAGGGAGGUGCAGUGCAACUCCGAUCUCAGAAGGUUACUAAUCGGCACCGGAAGUCGUUCAAUACUAGUGAUCGAAGACAUUGAUUGCUCUAUAGAACUGCAGAAUCGGGAAACAGAUGAUAAAAGCACAAAUGCAGAAGAUGAGAAGGUUACACUGUCGGGGCUGUUAAACUUCAUAGAUGGAUUGUGGUCGAGCUGUGGAGAUGAACGAAUAGUGAUAUGUACGACGAAUCAUAAGGAUCGCCUUGAUCCAGCAUUGUUGAGACCUGGUCGGAUGGAUGUGCACAUUCACAUGUGCUAUUGCUCUUUCAGUGGUUUCAAGAUAUUAGCAGCCAACUACCUGCAAAUUGAGAAACACGCACUAUUUGACGACAUAGAGGAGCUAUUGCAGAAGGUUGAGGUAACACCUGCUCAAGUUGCAGGAGAGUUGAUGAAAAGUGCUGAUGCAGACAAUGCCCUCAAAGGGCUUAUCAAUUUCCUUCGUGGCAAGCUUCCCUAGACCCCACAGUAAUGUUGAGGUGAGCGUGCGAGUACGACAACAUGACAGUAUUCUACUUGUGUUAGAUCAAGUUACAGCCCUACCUCCAUUCUGGAUUCGCUUUAUAGAAAACUGGAACACGUGCAUUCUUUUGGAUGGCAUAUUUCAAAUUAUUGGGAGUCUUUAGAUUAUUUUUUUCAAGGCAGAAAUUUAAGAUUAAAAAAGGUACAGCUUUCAGAACAAAAUCACAAUUUUUCAAAUGCUUUUCUCAGAAGCUUAAAUUUUAACUUUUUAAAGAACCUCUAAUCCCUUUUUCCCCCACGAAGAAAAGGGGGAGGGGGGAUCCAGAACAUCUACGGUGAAUGAAAGGAGGUUACCAAAAAGAUUCAACCUCGAGGAUUAAAGGUACUAUUUCUAUGGCUAGCUUUAUUAGUUUUGUGUAUUAUCCUCUCUUAACAUAAAAGGUGUAUACAAUAAAUGGUUUUGAUUUCAUGUUGAAAAUUAUUAAAAUUAUAGAUUGUGAUUUAGAACUUGACCUCUGAAUUUUUUUGUUUACUACGCAGCACAUAACUUGUUUAAUUUGUCAGGUGUGUUGUGAGAAUCCAAAUUGGAAGAAUAUUCCCUGGGAUAAUAAGCAAACCAGAUUCUAGAAACAAAAGGAAUCUGGAUGGGUGUAUAUUAUCAAUGAAAAUAUAAGCGUAGGUUGAUAUAGCUUGAUCAUAUUUUCUUUU